CAACGCUCGAUAUCCCAUAGAGAAGGGGCCGAUGAUAUUUGUCCGCACUCUGCUGUUGCCGGCCUUCUCCUGGCGAGCCAGGAGAAGGCACCCAUCAUAAUACAUGGGAAGGGAGUUUUUGGCAAAAUCGGUGCGGUGAUUCGCCAACCUUCGAUGCCUCCACAAUGCUGGAUUACAGACCACGUGCAUAGCCACCACCCCCCUCCUCCCCCCUCGUAUUUAAAGCGAAAGUUGGGGAGUGAGUCCUUAUCAUCAUUGGGUGGGUGCACGUGACAAGGCCCGAAAUUUGGGGUGCAUCUCACAUUCCCAGAGCUUCUUUUCGCGCGGAGAACUCUGAUUAUAAUAAUUACGGCUGGGAGCACAUUCGGCAUUCGCGCCGUUCGUACAGCCCCCGCAGGCUUUGAAGAACAUUUCCCGACCCGAGCCUGCUGCGGCUUUUACGGAACUGGCUUUUACGGCGAUUUCAAUCGUGGACAGGUGACCGGCUACGAGUUCCACGUAGGAUGGGACGAGGAUCAGCGAGGAGACAGGCCAUCGGUCGCGAGCGGAGGCCAUGGCGCCCUUCUUGAGGAUAACCCUGUCCAAGUACGACCUGGGCACUGCCACCCAAGAGGAUGGAGGACAGCCUUUCUGCUCGGUCAACAUCAAGGAGUCAUUGGACACAGAUCGCGGGAAGACUCUGGUGCAGAAGAAACCCACGAUGCACCCCGAGUGGAACAGCAGCUUCGACGCCCACAUCUACGACGGGCGCGUGAUGCAGUUCGUGCUCAUGGUGACGCCCGAGAGGGCGCUCUCCGACACCACCCUGGGCGUCGCCUCGCUCGCCGAGAAGUGCAAGAAGGGCAGCGGCCGAACGGAAUUCUGGCUGGACCUAAAGCCGCAGGGCAGGAUCUACCUCGUCGUCAAGUACUUUGUGGAAGAAGCAGACCUGAUGUCCCCCAUGGCCGAGUUGGCGACACUGAACAAGAGGCGCGGGGCCUUCAAGCUGCCCAAGGUGCACGAGAUCAAGGGCCACGAAUUCGUGGCCACGUUCUUCCGCCAGCCGACGUUCUGCUCCGUGUGUCGCGACUUUGUGUGGGGACUCAACAAACAAGGCUACCAGUGUCGGCAGUGCAAUGCCGUCAUUCACAAGAAGUGCAUCGACCUUGUCAUCGCAAAGUGCACUGGCUCGGCCAAGAACAGCCGCGACACUCUGUUCCACAAGGAGCGGUUCAAGAUCGACAUGCCGCACCGCUUUGAUGUGAAGAACUACAUGAGCCCCACGUUCUGCGACCACUGCGGAACGCUGCUGUGGGGACUCGUCCGGCAGGGCCUGCAGUGCGCAGAGUGCUCCAUGAAUGUUCACCACAAGUGUCAGAAGAAGGUGGCCAACCUGUGUGGCAUCAACCAGAAGCUCAUGGCUGAAGCGUUGGCUCAGAUUGAGAGCGCUCAUUCGGUCCGAUCCCAAAGGGACAGAGAGAAGACGGCCCGGGAUCCCACUGUGGAUAUUUACCAGGGCACGGAAACCAAACGCCUCAGUGCGGUAGAUGGGCACUACGAGAAGGCGUGGGACUCGCACACUGACCCGCGCGCCCCCGUGCCGCCCAGCCGCGUCGCGAGCCUCCGCAAGGACCUGCGCAGGGUCACCCUCAACGACUUUGUGAUGCUCAAGGUCCUGGGCAAGGGCAGCUUCGGCAAGGUGAUGCUGGCGGAGCUGAAGGGCCGCCAGCAGUACUUCGCAGUGAAGGCGCUCAAGAAGGCGGUGGUGCUGAUGGACGACGACGUGGAGUGCACCAUGGUGGAGAAGCGCGUCCUCUCCUUGGCCUGGUCUCACCCCUUCCUCACGCACCUCUUCUGCGCCUUCCAGAGCGAGGAGCACCUGUUCUUCGUGAUGGAGUUCCUGAACGGAGGAGACUUGAUGUUCCACAUUCAGGAGAAGGGUAGAUUUGACAUCGCCCGAGCCACCUUCUAUGGAGCGGAGAUCGUGUCGGGGCUCCAGUUCCUGCACAUGCAUCGCGUGAUCUAUCGCGACCUGAAGCUCGACAACAUUCUGCUGGACCGAGACGGCCACGUGAAGAUCGCUGACUUCGGCAUGUGCAAGGAGAACAUCAGCGGAGACCUCAAGACGGGCACCUUCUGUGGGACGCCGGACUACAUCGCCCCCGAGAUCCUGGCGGGGAAUAAGUACGGCACGUCGGUGGACUGGUGGUCGUUUGGCGUGCUGCUCUUUGAGAUGCUCAUCGGGCAGUCGCCCUUCCACGGCGACGACGAGGACGAGCUGUUCGAAUCGAUCCGCACCGACGUGCCACACUACCCGCGCUGGAUCACCAGCGACUCACGCGGCAUCCUUGAGAAGCUGUUCGAGAGGGACCCUCAGAAGCGACUGGGAAUCGUCGGAGACAUCCGCGCGCAACCUUUCUUCAAGACCAUCGACUGGACCGCCCUGGAAAAGAAACAGAUCACUCCUCCGUUCAAGCCGAAAGUGAAAUCUGCGGGCGACUACAGCAACUUCGACAAGGAGUUCAUCAGCGAGAAGGCCAGGCUGUCCCUGGACGAGAAGCGCCUCGUGCAGUCCAUGGACCAGUCGGUGUUCAGCGAGUUCACCUUCAUCAACCCGGAGUUCAGUCGCCUGCUCAAGUAGCAGCGUGACCGUCCUUGGGGGGAGGGUCCCACCGCCCGGCCGAUCGUUUAACCCGCUGGCUUGACGCCGACGUUCACGCUCGGGGAAGGCUUUCGAGGGCGGGGGGAGGGGUUGUGGUGGAAGGGAGUAGGGGAGGGGGGAGGGCAGGAGGCGUGGAAAUGCGGGAGGUGGUUUGUCCAUGCGACUACGGGGUUACCCUCCUGAAUUUUUAAUCGGAUGCCCACAUUGGCAUUCCCCUUGAUAUUGGCACGUCAUACACAAUUGGGGCAAACCUCGUUUUUCAAAAUAAACGUACGUACGUGUGUGUGUGUGGGGGGGGGGGGGAUUAUUACGACAUUCUGUGCGAUUCCUAUAAUAAGGUGGCUACGAUGCCACGCGCUCGCGAUCCGGGCCACUCGGAGGCAGGGUCGGUGGAUUUUCAGAGGUGUGAGGCAUGGUGUGCCUGUGCGUCGCUCACAAGGUGGUGCUGCGUGCGUGCGUGUGUGCAUGCGUGCGUGUGUAAAGGCGCUGCAGCAAAGUCUGUUCGACAGCAGAUUCUUUUGCGCGUGGAGUUUGAGUGUUGUCCUGUGCUUGAUCGUGCGCCUUUCUGCCCCGAACUCAAAAAUAUUAAAUUGUCCAAAGGGUCACAAAAGGGGGGAGAACCUCUUGGAAAAAAACACCCAGUGAAGCCCUCUGCUCCACGAAAGAUAAAAAAAAAACAUUUGUUCUCGUUUGAACAUUUAUAUCGGCGAUGAAUAACAUUUUAUAUUCCUCUGUAGCCCAGGUACCCUUCUCGGUUUCUUAAAUGUUGACGGCUUAAAAAAGAAUGCAGUUGGAACUGUUGUUGUUUUUUUUUUAAAAUAGUGGAAUUCACCAUAGUCCCUGGAGUUUUGUUCCAUCAAACCCAACCCGUUCAGCUAUGGCGUAAUUAUUAUUAAUAUGAAAUGAUCAUCAUAAGAAACGCGUGAAUUUUGUGUUUGUUCUGCAGGUAUUUACUUUUUUGUCAACUUUAAAAAAAAAGUUUGCGACAAAAGAGGAGGGACCCCCCCAUCGAGGAUGGGUAAAAGCUGGGGCCGGCAGCUGUUUUACAAUGGGCUCAUUUUGUGAAAUCGCAUUACUUAGCAAAAAAUGUUUUAAAACGUUGCCGUGUUGUGGUUUCAGAACCAUCGGGGCCAUAUUAUUCUAAAGGUUUUCUUGUUUCGCGCGAAAUUGGGAAACGUGCGGCUUAUCCCAACUGGCUUGUAACGCCCCACUCGGCGAGGUAUCGUCAUGAUGGUCGUGAAAAACGUUUCAAUGUUACGGCUGUCAAUGCACGGAUCCUGACAUUGGUACAGAAAAUACAACAACAACAACAACAACAAAAAACUCCAUGGCAGUAGAAGAGCUUUUAAAUUUGCGGCCUUUUUGUUUUUAAUACGUUUCGCAAGUCGACGUUUUGUGUCUUAUUGAUAGAGGCUCGUCGCGGAAGUAGCCCGAGAGAGAAGUGAAGUUGGUACGGACAGAACACGCGGGAAUGUGUACACCAGGGUAUACGGGGGUCGUCGCCAGAGGCACAGUUCACGCUUUUUCCUCGCUUCGUUCCUCGGAGCGGGGAAAAUUUUUUUUAAAUCAUAACGAAUGGGUAAAAACGUUCGACGGGAACGAUUGUGUUUUUAUUUUUGCCGUAUCGGUGUCGGCGCCGGCGUCGUGAUGAAAUCCUGACUCGGAAGAGAAGUAAAAAUCGCGUAACAGCAAACUUACAAACAGGCAAGUCAGAAGUAUUUGAGGUGUUU